AUGGGUUUUCACUCUGAUCGCUAUAUAGGCAAUACCCUGUUGAAGAUGUAUGUAGAUUGUGGCGCGGUUGGGUUUGCACGGAAGGUGUUUGAUGAAAUGUAUGUCAGAGAUGUUGUGUCUUGGAGCUCCAUGAUCGCUGCAUAUGUUGCUUGCAACUCCCCAUCGGAUGCAUUAGCUGUAUUUCAAGAGAUGAAGCUGGCAAAUGAAAAGCCAAACUCGGUUACUUUGGUCAGCUUGCUAUCUGCUUGUACUAAAAUGGUCAAUGUCAGUGCUGGUGAGUCCAUUCAUUCCUACAUUACCAGGAAUCACAUGGAAAUGGAUGUUGCUUUGGGCACUGCUUUGUUUGAGAUGUAUUCAAAAUGUGGGCAAAUUGACAAAGCCCUUCUGGUUUUCAAUUCAAUGCCUAGAAAGAAUUUGCAGUCUUUCACAAUCAUGAUCUCUGCUCUUGCAAAUCAUGGGCGUCAAAAGGAUGCUAUUACUCUUUUCACCCACAUGGAGGAUAUCGGGUUGCAACCAGAUAGUCUAUCUUUUUCUGUGAUUCUGUCAGCAUGCAGCCACAUGGGACUUGUUUCUGAGGGCAAAAAUUAUUUUGAUCGGAUGGUGAGAUUGUAUAACAUAAAGCCAACUGUUGAGCAUUAUGGAUGCAUGGUUGACUUGCUAGGAAGAGCUGGCUUGAUUCAAGAAGCUUAUGAUAUCAUCAAGAACAUGCCCAUGGAGCCCAAUGCUGUCAUACUGAGGAGUUUUCUGGGUGCAUGCAGAAAUCAUGGGUGGGUUCCUAGUUUGGAUGAUAAUCUUCUGUCUAAACUGGAGUCUGAAUUGGGGGCAAACUAUGUACUUACUGCUAAUGUUUUUUCCAUCUGUGCUUCCUGGAAGGAUGCCAAUGACUUGAGGUUAGCCAUGAAACAGAAAGGGUUGAAGAAAACGCCUGGCUGUAGUUGGGUGGAGGUGCAAAAUUGA